AUGGUGGGUGGGGAGUUGGGGGGUUUGAUGGUUGGGGGGAUGAGGAUAGGAGGGGGGGGAAGGUGGAAGUAUGUUAUGGUUGGGUGGGUGGGAAUAGGUGUGGGUAUGUAUUGGGUUUGUGGUGGGGGGGUGGAUUUUGGUGUGGGUGGUGUUGUUGGAAGGGUUGGUUUGUGGGUGGGUGGGUGGUGUAGGGGAUUGGGGUGGGAUGGGGGUGUUGUGAUUUUUUGGAGGGGGUGGUUUGUGAUGGGGGGGUUGGGAGUUAGGAGGUGGUUUGUGUUUGUUGUUUGUGUGGUUGUUUGGUAUGUUGUGUGGGUUGUUUGUGGGGGGGGGUGGUUGGGGGGGGGGGUGGGGGUGUUGGGGGUGGGGUGGGGGUUGGUGGGGGGUUGGGUGGGGGGGGGGGUGUGGGGGGGGGUUGGGGGUGUGGGGGGAUGGGGGGGUGGGGGUUGGGGGGUGGGGGGGGGGGGGUGGUGUGGGGUGGUGGGGGGGGGGGGGGGGUGUUUGGGUGGUGGGGGGGGGGGGGGGGGGUGGAUGGGUGGUGGGGGGGGGGGGGUGGGGUUAGGGGAGAGGGUGGGUGGGGUGGGAUGGAUGGAGGAUGGUGGGUGGGGGUGGGAGGUAUGGGUGAUGGGUGGUGGGUGUUGGAUGGGAAGUAGGGAGGUGGGGGGUGGGGGGGGGUGUUGGGGUGUUGGGGGGGUGGGGGGGUAG